AUGUUGCCGGAACAAGAAUUACGGUUACUAUAUUUAUAUAGUGACGAAAUUAUGAAAAGAAUUGCGCUACAUCAUGUGGAAGCUGUUAAGUUUGCUUUACUUCUUAAACCUAACGAAUAUGAAACUCUUACCGAACAGUAUCAGUUUAACUGGAAUGAAUUCUCAGUAAAACUAUGGGAACGACUAUGGGAAGCACCGACACGUACUCUUCUCUUCGAAACCGUUCUAUCUUUCCUCCUAUCUUGCGAUCAGAAGCUUCAUAGGCGGUUGUUACGUAUCAAUUUUAGAAGCAAUUUACUCGACUUAAUCGAAGUUCUAAAAAAUUUCGAUGAAAUUUUUAAAAAUAUGAAGCCUGAUAUUAUGUGCGAAAAGAUUUCCUGCAUAAGCCGGCAUCAUGCUAAUUUAAUGAUGCCAGUGAAAAACAUAAUUGAGCAAAUGGGAGAAGAAUCUGCUAAGAAAUACAUUUUGCGAACGAUGCUUGAUAUGGGUGAGGGAGCAUUCCUGGAUUUAUUGAACGCAGUGGCUGCUUGCUCCGAUGUUGCUCAUCAUUUUGUAACGGAAACAUAUCCUGGUUUUGAACGAAAUUAUCGUUUGUUUCUGCAUGAACGCAAGAGAAUGGAAAGAGGGAAACUUUAUUUUUGCGAAUGUGAUUUUUCAAUAGCUGAUGUUAUUAUGAGCUCAAGAUCAAAUGAACUGGACAAGACAUGCAUAGUUGAUUUACGUUAUGAGCAUUUUCCUGUCAAUGCAUCAGAUGCAGCCAAGGAUGAUAUUUAUGAAGGUGAAGUUAUGGUUUUACGAAAAUAUCAGGAAGAAAUAGCUCAACCAGCUUACGAUGGACGAAAUACUUUGAUUUGUGCACCAACAGGAACUGGCAAAACUGUGGUAGCGGCAUCGAUCGCUCGAAAUCAUCUUGUAAUGGGCAGGAAAAAUAAUUUACAUACGAAGAUUUGUUUCUUCGUUACCAAUGUAGUAUUUCUGGAGCAACAGACAAAGUUGUUGAAGAGAUUUGUUGGACAUCGCUGGAAAGUUGUCUUUUUAUGCGGUGUAGCGGCGAAUACACCUGUUGCGGAGACAAUUGCAACUCAUGAUGUUAUUGUUAUCACACCCCAGCUUAUUGUGAAUCUCAUGAAUGAUUCUAAUGAAAAAAACAGUGUGCUUUUUUCGUUAUCGUCAUUUUCGCUAAUGUUUUUUGAUGAAGCUCAUCAUGCAGAUGGAAAUCAUCCCUAUAAUGUAAUAAUGAAUAACUAUCAUGACAUGAAACACACCGGCAAGAUUCUGGAUGGAAAACGUUUACCUCAGAUUGUUGGUUUGACAGCUUCGUUGGGUAUUGGUAGUGCUCAAAAUGCUUCGGAAGCAGUAGAACAUUUUAUUAAAAUAUGUGCGAACUUGGAUAUCACUGUUCUAAGCUACGUACGUGAAAACAUCGAUGAACUCCGUGCGUUUUCUUCUAUUGCUGCUGACGAGACGAAACUGGUUCCGUUCAAUAUAAAAACUGAUUCAAUAGUCAUUGGUAUCUUGAAUCUCUUCAAGCAAUUUGAAAUUUUUUUGAGCAAGAUUGUAAGAUCAGCUUCCAUGUCCGACAAAAUACAUGAUAAUUCAAACCAAGAUUUACUCCUUAAAUUGCUAAAUCCACCACAUGAUAAAUGCUCCAAAGUGUAUGAAACGUGGUUUUCUCAGCUGUUGGUCGGGUUUGUACCGUUAGCAAAGCUUGACAGGGUGAUUCGUUUUCAUCUAAUGACGUGUUUGCAAUUAAUUGGGAUCUUGUUUCGUUCCUUAGACUAUUACAUUCAUUUCCCUUCAUGCGUUGCCAAAAAGUAUUUCGAAAAUGAAUUUAGCUUUAUUCGGCAUACUGCAGAUCAGGAACUCGUGCAUAUCAUGGAAGCAUGCCCUUUAAAAACUGUUACUGGGGAUAAUGCAGAUAAUGAACUAUACAAUGAACUUUUGCGUGAAUUACGCGGUCAGUUUGCUAGACUAGGAGAUGGACGCGCUAUUGUUUUCGUAUCGACGCGAUAUUUUGCAGGAAAAUUAGCAGAAGAACUGAAUAAAGAUGAAAGUUUACAUAUGUUGAAUGCUAAAUCGGAUUUCAUUACGGGUAUCAAUGCAUCAGGUGAGUUUGGUGGUCAAUCUGCCAAUCAGCAACGUAAUGCACUGGCACGAUUUACGUCAGGUGAUAUCAAAAUUUUAUGCGUAACAUCGGUCGCAGAAGAAGGACGUGGUCGAGCUGCAAAUUCACGUUGUGUUUUGAUAACAAAUGAUGCAAAAUUACAAGCUCGUGAGGAGAAAAAUAUCAACCGAGAGCAAAUUAUGCGAAAUGCUUUGAAGUUGAUCAGUCAGAAACCGCCGGAUUGGUUUCAGGACGAAAUAGCAGAGCGUGUAAAACAGAACAUUAUGGAGCGAACCCGAAAAAAACUGCUAUUGGAUGAGAAAAAGAUUGUACUGACUUCUAACCGGUACACAUUAUUAUGCAAAAAAUGUGAUGCAAUUAUUUGCAAUAGUAAUGACAUUGUCGUAACACCCACUUAUUCGCAGUAUAUUUGCGUUUGCAAAGAAAUUUGGAAUCGUUCGAUUCAGCGUGCAUUUUCGAAAGCUAUGAUAGAACGAGAAGCUGAUUUUCUGUUUAAAGGCAUUGGAGCGAUGAAUUGUGUGAAAUGCUGUCAUCAUUGGGGUCGUAUUGUUCAUUAUAAUAAUUUUACAUUACCGAUUAUCGCUGCCACUGCAUUCGUUCUGGUCGCUGAAAAUGGAGAAAGAUUCCAAAGAAAGCGAUGGAAGCAGAUAGUUGAAAGCCUGUUCAGGCCUCGAAAUAUCGAAAUAUACGACUAUGCAAAUAUGAAGACUGCAAUGCCAGACUUAUCCGAUUUAAUUAUUGAUGAUUCCUGCAUUUAA